AUGAAAAGGACUAAAAGGGCUAGAAAUCAAGGAAUUCACUACAAAUUCAAUGAAAAAGAGGAUUUUGAAGUAAUAGAAGAAGACAGUAGCAAUUUUUCCCCAAAAAAAAACAUGAAAAAUGACAAAAAACGACGAAUAUAUCAUACAAUUUUUCAUGAAAAGAGAAUUAAACGUAUUGAUAAAAAAAAAGAAGAGAACACAAUAAUUAAUGAAGAAAAUGAGGGGGAAAAUAUAAAAGAAAACUCGGAAAUUAAAAAGAUAGAUAUAUUAGAGGUUGAACAGUCUAAAAAUACUAACGGAAUAAAAAAUCUAAUUAAAGAGAAAAAAUCAAAAAAAGAGCUAUAUCAAAGAAAAAAAGAGCUCCUUAAAGAUAGAAUGAAACUUCCUAUAUGGACUGCUCGAUUAAGAUUAAUAAAAGAAAUGGAAAAUUCAAGAGUAAUAAUUUUGUUAGGAGAACCAGGAUCAGGAAAAUCAACACAAUUACCGCAAUUUCUUCUAAAAUGCAAUUAUACAAAAAAUAAUCGCAUCGCAGUUACACAACCAAGAAGAAUUGCAGCUAUCAAUUUAGCAAAAAGAGUUUCAGAAGAAGUAGGAACAAAUUUGGGGGAAAGAGUAGGGUAUUCUAUUAGAUUUGAUGACUGUUCUUCUUUAGAUACACAAAUUAAAUAUAUGACAGAUGGAAUGUUACUACGAGAAUUGAUUGGAGAUCCACUUUUAUCGAUUUAUUCAACAAUUAUUCUCGAUGAAGCACAUGAAAGAACACUUAUAACAGAUAUGCUUUUGGGGUUCUUAAAAAAAAUAAUAAAAUUGCGUCCAAUGCUUCGUGUAGUUAUCAUGAGCGCAACAUUAGAGGCUGAACGAUUUUCCACAUUUUUUGAUAAUGCAAAAAUUUACUUUAUAAAAGGAAAAGAGCAUCCCGUUAAUAUUUAUCAUACACUGCAACCCGAAAAUGAUUAUGUCGAUGCAGUUUUAAGAACAGUAUUUCAAAUUCAUAUAAAUGAACCAGAAGGGGAUAUUUUAGCAUUUCUUACAGGUCAAGAUGAAAUUGAGUCGUUAGAAAUAUCCAUUUGUCACUAUGCAAAACAAUUAGAAGAAAACGUUCCAAAAAUGCUCAUAUGUACAUUAUUUUCCGCUUUACCUCAAAAUAUACAACAAAAGGCUUUUAUUAAAACUCCAUCUAAUACUAGAAAAAUUAUAUUAGCUACAAACAUAGCAGAAACCUCAGUUACAGUAAAAGGAGUUAAAUAUGUAAUAGAUACGGGCUUAGAAAAGGCAAAGAAAUAUAAUAAUCGACUUGGCAUUGAGGUUUUGCAUAUUGGGCCAAUUAGCAAAUCAUCAGCACGACAAAGAGCAGGGAGAGCAGGAAGAGAGGGACCUGGAAGAUGUUAUAGAUUAUAUACAAAAUCAGAAUUUAAAAAAUUAAAAAAUACAUCCACACCAGAAAUAAAAAGAGCAAAUUUAUCAUUUGCUGUAUUAACUCUAAAGGCCAGGGGUGAAAAUGAUGUUAUAAAUUUUGAUUAUAUAGAUCCACCGUCUCAUAAUUCAUUAUUACGUUCUCUUGAACAAUUAUAUUCACUUUCUGCUCUUGAUGAAAAAGGGGAAAUUACAAAACUUGGUUAUGAUAUGUCAUUAAUCCCAUUAAAUCCUCAACUUGCACGAGUUUUAAUUGCAGCAGCAAAUGAUUAUGAUUGUUUGUCAUGUGUCAUUGAUAUUAUUGCAUGUCUUUCGACGGAAAAUCUUUUUAUGUCAUUUCAAAACAAAAAAAAUGAAGCUAAUAAUGCAAAAAUGAAAUUUUUUAAUAGAAAUGGAGAUCAUAUAACAUAUCUUAAUGUAUUAAGACAAUUUAUUGAAAUAAGGAAAAAUGAGUCUAUGGCAAAAACAUGGUGUUAUCAAAAUUUUAUAAAUUUCAGAGCGAUAACAACUAUCAUGGAAAUUAGAAAACAAUUAAUGAAACAUUGCAAAAAUGCAAGUAUGAAAAUAGAGUUUUCAAAUAAAAUAGACACAGAACUUAUUCUCCGAUGUUUUCUUACUGGAUUUCUUAUGAAUACAGCAUUAUUACAAGCGGAUGGAAACUAUCACACAGUUAUGGGAAAUACGAUUGUUUAUAUUCAUCCUUCAUCAGUUCUAUUUAAUAAAAAAGUCGAAGCUAUUCUAUAUAAUAAUUUGAUUUUCACCACUAAACCAUACGUUCAUAUUGUAUCUAUGAUUAAAAGUGAUUGGCUACGAUCAACUUCUCAAAUAAGUAAAAAUAAUGGAUCUUAA